UGCCCACCUCACAGCCCCACCCCACUUUGCAUUUUCUAUUUCCUUUCCUCAUGGCACCCAUAACCGCCUAAUUUUACUAAUGACUCCAUGGCCAGAAUGGAAAUUCCACAAGGACAGGGAUCUCUGUCAGUGUGCUGCUCUAUCUCUAUCCUCUAGAGCCAUGUCUGGCACAGGGUAACUGCUCAAUGAAGAGUUGCUAAAUAAACUUCUCUUUAAAAUGGCAAAACCAUACAGCAGAAUCUGUCUUUUGCUUUAAAAAAAAAAUACCCCUUUCUUGCUUUAUUAUUUUUAAUGAUGUUAAAACAACAGUUUCAUACAUACACUCAAAGUACGACCUAUUGGUCUCUUGGUAGCAAAAUUCUAUUUUGGUUGCACUUGAGUUUCACAUUAUAGAACGUAUCUUUAGGUACUUAAUUUAUAGACGUUCUUCUAUUUACAUUUAGCAAUAAAGUAUAAAGAAUCUGAAGCAGAGUCCUUGCUUGAGGUUACAUGUCAACGUAAACUAAGAAAUAACAAUAGGAGUUUUAAUGACCACAGCUCACACCUCAUGUACUAAGAGAAGAAGCUGCAAAAUUCCUUAGAAGUUAUUCAUCACUGUGUAGUUUUAAACGAUGACUAAAUACUAAACCACAUCUACCCAUAAUACAAAAGCCCGUAUUUCAGACCAUGGUUAUAUAGGUUGUUUUGCAGAAAAUUUCCAUUGCUAUUUCUAUACACACUGAAUGUUAUUAGUCAGUGACCCGUUUUUUUCUUUUCCUUAUUUUAUGACAACAUUUGUCCUUUAUACUGUCAACAGUAUCUCAGUCUGACCUUUUUGUAUUGUGAACAGCUGACUUUUGAAAGCCCUACCUGGCUUAAGCAUUUAGGGCUGAGAUAGAGAAAAGAGGAACACAGGUUCCAAAGAAUUCAUUUAUUCCUUCAACUAAAGUCACUAAUAUUUCUUGAGUGUCUACUAUACACUCACAACAAAUAUAAUCACAGAAACGGUCCAGGUCACAAAUGUCCAUUUUAUCUUUUCUACAGAAAAGGACGUUGACUCCACUUGUAUAGCACCACUAAAGGAAUCCUGGUAACUUUCAACAACAACAAAAAUGAGGUUUGUGAACUCAUGAAAUUAUCUCACACUAAACACCAGCAGCAUCUCAGAAGACAAAUUAUCCCACCACUUCUUUUUUAUACACUUGAUGACUCUAAUACCAAAAAAAGGGGAGAUCUAGUUUGCUAGAACAUUUACUUUACCUAGUUGGGUUCGUGAUAUAACAAUGUUUGCUUAAUAAAAACUAUUUUGAAAAUUAAAAACCAAAUCCCCCACCAGGAUGACUUUUCAACAAACUAAAAAACUUCUCAACAGUGUCUUUUUCAAGGAUUCUUCAUUCCGAGUUUGAAAGGAACUAAUUCUAGAAGAUUUUAUCAUAAUGAUCCACCAAAUCAUAAAAUCUCUACAUUUCCCUCUUGUAGAAUUUUUGGACAAUCUUGGUGAUCAAUACUUCAAUACUUUUAUUUUAGAGGCAGUGGGGUAGAGGCCCAAGGAAUUUGGGUAAGUUGCUGCUCAUCUGUUUGACAAGGUUUCUCCAUAGAUCUUCAGGACUUCGGAGCUUCUGAGAACGUACCAAGCUUCCCAAUGGAACACCACCACUGAGAGGCUAACGGUGCUCGGUCACUUUCACAGAAUCCUGGAGUGGAAGGGCCUCUGAGGUCACAGAGUUACAAACUCCUACCAAAUGAUUCAAUUCUCUCUACAUCAUCCCUCAAAGCAGUCAUCUGGUUUAUGCAAGCACCUAAAUAAGAGACAGCCUAUGUCAUUUUUUUAUGAUCCCAACUCUUGGGAACUACUUUCAUAUUUUGAUUUGAAAGCUAUCUCCUGUAACCUCGUCUCACCGGCCUUCCUUCUCCUCUCUGGGGUUAGGGAGAUUGAUACAUGCAACCUAAACCCUUUUCCCUGAGAGCUUCCCAAUGCACAAGGAUACGUGUGACGUCUCCAUUGAGCCCAGACGUGCUCAGUUUAUUCUAUCAUUUCUCCUAACACCCGAUCAAGACCCCUCGCCACCCAGGCAUGAUGCUCUGGGUCAUCUUGUAAGAUGCAGCCCCCUGAGCUACUGGGAAAGGCCUUCUCUCCUAUUCUGAGCACUGUAUUUCCAUUAAUUCAGCCUGCAAAUCAACCGCACUUUGAUAGUGACAUGACAUUGUUGGUUUAAACUGUGUCAAUGAAAACUCUAAGGCGAACAGGGCAGGACUGCUUCACCUUGUGCACAAGAGGCAAUUCUAAUCAUAAGAUGCUCCCUUCAACAGGCAUGGAGUCAGUCGGUUGGUCUCUUGCCUGAAAACACCAACUAAUCAUUGUACUUAUGCAAAAGAGCAUCUUUCUUCCACUCACCACAGAAACUUCUAUUUCUUCCUCACAAGCUGUUGAUAAGAUACAGAAUGAGUAAACUACUCCUUGGGCCAAGUUUCCAGGCAGACAGAACUGUCAAAAUUGACAUUUUUCCCUUAAAACAUUUUAAAAUUCAAACUUUACACGUAAUAUGGGUACGAAAGCAUCAGUAACUAUGAUUCUCUUUUUUUUUUCCUGGUUAAGGUUUAUUAUUUCAGUCUCUCCCAAAGAAUUUUUUUAAUACUUACAUCUUUACAGAAAAAUUUAUAAAGUUCCAUAGAUAUCAACAAUUCAUAAAUUCCAAGGGGGUUUUGGAUAACUCUUUAAAAAAAAAAUCACUAACAGAAAAUUUUCACUUCCCAUUUAAAAAAAAGUGCACAUGCACACAUGAGGCUAACUGAUCAUUACUAUGCUCAGUCACAGGGUGACAAAAAAAAAAAAAAGCCACCACCAUAAAAGGAUGUCUGCAUAAUCUCUCUUAAAACAACAUGCCAAAGGUUAACCUACUUCAGUUUGGGUGAAUACUGACGGCUACCACACAGAGGCCCCAACAAGGCACCGAGAGAGACCCUGAACACUGCCGACGGAUAUAAAAAUGGACAAUUUCACGACCCCCUCGCAAGCUCCUCAGGAAAGUGACUGUGACCUCUACGCCCACCAUGACACAGCCAGGAUCCUCAUGCCUCUGCAUUACAGCAUCGUCUUCAUAAUCGGGCUCCUGGGAAACUUGUUGGCCCUGACUGUCAUUAUUCAAAACAGGAAAAAAAUAAACUCUACCACUCUAUAUUCAACCAACUUGGUGAUUUCGGAUAUACUGUUUACCACUGCUCUGCCUACACGGAUAGCCUACUAUGCGCUGGGCUUUGACUGGAGAAUUGGCGAGGCCUUGUGCAGGAUAACUGCUCUCGUGUUUUAUAUCAACACAUACGCAGGCGUGAACUUCAUGACCUGCCUGAGUAUUGACCGGUUCUUUGCUGUGGUGCACCCCCUGCGGUACAACAAGAUAAAAAGAAUUGAACAUGCAAAGUGCAUCUGCAUAUGCGUCUGGAUUCUUGUAUUUGCUCAAACACUCCCUCUGCUCAUAAAACCCAUGUCAAAGCAGGAGGCUAAAAGGACUACGUGCAUGGAGUAUCCAAACUUUGAGGAAACACAAUCCCUCCCCUGGAUUCUGCUUGGGGCCUGUUUCAUAGGGUAUGUACUUCCGCUCUUAAUCAUCCUCAUCUGCUACUCUCAGAUCUGCUGCAAACUCUUCAAAACGGCCAAACAAAACCCGCUAACCGAGAAAUCCGGUGUAAACAAAAAGGCUCUCAACACAAUCAUUUUCAUAAUUGUUGUGUUUGUUGUCUGUUUCACACCUUACCACGUUGCCAUUAUCCAGCACAUGAUUAAGAAGCUUCAUUUUCCUAAUCUUCUGGAAUGUAGUGAAAGACAUUCAUUCCAGAUAGCUCUGCACAUCACGGUGUGCCUGAUGAACUUCAACUGCUGCAUGGACCCUUUCAUAUACUUCUUUGCGUGUAAAGGGUACAAGAGGAAGGUCAUGAAGAUGCUGAAACGUCAAGUCAGCGUGUCAAUUUCUAGUGCUGUGAAGUCAGCCCCUGAAGAAAACUCCCGUGAAAUGACGGAAACGCAAAUGAUGAUCCAUUCGAAGGCUUUAAAUGGAAAGUAAAGAGGAAUCAAAUCUUGGAUUUACAGCAAAAUAAACUAUGUGAGGAACUUUGCAGGACUUUUCUCAUAAAGCAAAACAGUUGUUCCACUUCCAGUGAGGAUUCGGUUCCAUUCCUUUCACUCGGUACCAUUUCUCACCUCCAACUUGGAAGUAAAACGGUAUUUAUGUAUUUUUCACACUUAGGAGAACAACAUUAAGCAAAGUUCUAAUUCGUAAAUGAAGUCCUACACCAAAGGGAGAGUAUGUGAAUAACUCUCAGCGAAAAAAGACUAGUUUGGUUUUAAUGAAAAAUUUAAUCAUUAAUAUUUCCCACCAUUAAUUUGGCAAAAGAAAAAAAGACUGUUGGAGUUCCCGCCAUGGCGCAGUGGGUUAAGAAUCUGACUGCAGUGGCUCGGGUCCCUGUGGAAGUGCAGGUUUGACCCCUGGCCUGAUGCAGGGGGUUAAAGGAUCUGGUGUUGCUGUGGCUUGGGUGGCAGCUGUGGCUAACAUUCAGUCCCUGGCCUGGGAACUGCCACAUGCCAUGGGUGCAGCCAUAAAAAGAAAAAAAAGAAAAGAAGCAGAAGAAAGACUGUUAAAAACUGUAUAUUGCCAAUGUAGAAAUGUUAAUAUUGUAACAUCUUUCUUUUUUCUUUUUUUUUUUUUUUUUUGGGAGGGGGAUACCAUUUCUUCAAUUUCUAGUUCUUUAAAUCUUAGACUUUAUCUCCUCAAUAAUAACAGUCUUGUUUUGUUCUGAGUCAUAGAAUUUUGUUUCUAAGAACUCUUUUGGAAUAAAGAGCAGGAUGCUACAAAA